GCUGCAAGCCAGAAGGCGGUGAACCGGAGGAUCGGGAGGGAGCGUGAGCGGGCUGGUGUCUGUGUGUGUGUCGUGGGUAGAGAGGCAGGGGCCUGGCGUUGUAAGCGCGGGGACGCUGUUUGUGCGUCGCUAACUUUUGCGAGCGAACGGAACGACGCGGCGCGGUUGGGUGACUUCUUAGCGGGCUCGGCAAAAAAUAAAAACUUCCGAGCAGUUUGACGCCCUCCCUCCCUCCCUCCCCCACGCUGUGUUACACCACUCGUUGUCCGACGUGCACGAGCGGGUACGCGUUUGUGCGUGUGCGUGUUCGUCUCUACGCUGUGAAAGUAACAUCGGAAGAAACACGGCAAAGAUGAUCUUCGGAAGCACGCUGGUGGCCACAUUCAACGGCAAGGGAGCGGGAAGCUGCAGGAAGGAGCGCUCCACGCGUGUGCCCGUAGCUCCCAAAGUUGCGUUUCGGUCCCAGGUUGAGUCGCUGGUUCCCCGCGAAUCGAUCAUCCCCGACGCAGCAGCAGAGGCAGAGGCAGCCACAUCCCACAUGGACAUCGCGCCCGGCAGGCACAAGGCGGGUCAGGAUUCGCGCCACUUCGACUCAUUCGAAGCCGCCGGCGACCCGUGGGCCGAUGGGUUCGAGUCCAGAUCCCCUGGCUCCGACCCCUCGUGGCUGGGGCCGGGCCCCGCUCACGGGGCGUCCCUCUCGGCCGCGUGCUCCCACCUGGUGUCGCGGCUCGAGGCGGGCCUGGCGGCCGCCAAGUCCGGGACGCUGCGCUGCGACACCAUCCUGGCGCCCGAGCGCCUCCUGCAGCGGGUGGCCCGGCUGGUGGUGCGCGCCGCGGAGCGCGAGCCGUGCGGCUUGGCCGGCGCCGUGGUUCACGUGCUGCUGCUGCCGCCGCUGGAGAGCGCCCCUCCGCAGUCCUCCUCCUCCUCCUCCUCGUCGUCCUCCUCCUCGUCGCGCGACGUUCCGCCGGCGCCGUGCCUGGCGCGUCUGGAGCUCGACCCGGGCCGGGCGCCGACCUUCGAGGUGACCGUCCUCCUGCGCCGGGAGCGAGCGUGGCGCUGGAGCGACGCUCUCCUCCGCCUGCCGCUGCUGCCCCCCGGCUCGUGCCUGUGGCGCUUGGUGGCGGCGCGCAGCUCGGCGGAGCGGACGGUGCGGCUGAGCGGCGGCUUCAAGGUCGUCAAGCGAAAGCUCUACCGUCACCCCGAGGAACACUGUGCCCUGGAGGAGGAGGAUGUGGAGGAGGAAGAUGCAUUGAGGACUCCUGUGAUUGGCUGAGGACUCCUGUAAUUGGCUCCGAUGUGGAGAGAUUUGGGACUCUGGAGGAAAGAUGUUGGCAGGUUCGGUGCACUUUGUAUGGUGACACCAGUGGGUUGUUUUGAGAGGGGAUCGUUUUAUAUUGUUGUUAAUUUGGCAUUCAAAUUCAGGCACCCUCGAUGCCAUUGUAAUGUUACGCGAAUCGUUUUGUGACGCUGCGCUGGCAGUGGUGCACAAGGCAGUGUUGUUGACGAGCGUGCGAGUUCUUUCGUUGCGGUAUUAUACAGGCGGUGUGUGGAGCGGUGGCGCAAUGGUUAUCUGGAUCCGGUGACCUGAGGCCAGUCGACAUCUGAACCGGUCCCGGGCUCCCCCUCCACACCCCCCCCCGACCCCACACAUUCAGCAACCCUCACUGGCCAGGGAGGUAAAAUAUGGUCAAACAACCCCCACAGACGACACGCACUUCACCCAGCAGUGGAUUGACAAAGCAACCGUGAAUAAUUUGAACUCUUAUUUAUACAUCAAAAUCAAAAUGUAAAGGCAUGAAUGUCAGGCGCUCAGAUUGAUAACAAAGUGCAAAGUGGUGGCGCUUUUAGACGUUACCCCCCCCCCCGCCCACACUAUUUUCAGCGCCAACUGACCGAUUCCAGAAUUAGUUUUAUAUUUUAAAUAAAACCAGAGCUCUCCGAUUUGCGUUGGUGACUUUUUGGCCCCUGCCUCAAUGGCUUCUGCAGUGCAACUUCAGGCCACCCCCUUCCUGUGGCAGGAUGAUGAAAUUCAAUCUUGGAAAAUCACUGGCGGUAACGGACAGGCACACGUACAGUAGGAAAAGAAAACGCUAAAAUAAUAACACUGGUGGCUUUUUAAACUGUGAUACGUACAGUAUUUAGGUUAGAGUCACACCACCGCCUCAUUCCAUGGCAUUCUAAUAAUGUACUUUACCUCGUAAAAUAAAAUAAAAGUUUAACAAAGAGAGA